UCCAAAGAUGCGAUCCUCUGUUGUAGCGACCGAGGAUGAGGCCGCCAUCCAGCCAUGCACUAUUCCGUCUCUAUUGGCUGACGGCCAUUGUCUGCUGCGGCGGCCUGCUUUUCGGCUACGAUUCCGGCGUGAUUGGAGGGGUCUUGACAUUCGACUCUUUCCACCGGUCUUUCCGCUAUACCUCGAAGAAUGAGACUCGCGUGAGUGCCAUUGCCGUGGGGGUCCAGCAGGCUGGAGCCCUGGUCGGUAGCUUGCUUAUCUGGCCCUUGACCAACCGGCUCGGCCGUCGCCCUGCGAUGGCCAUUUGCUCGUUUAUUUUUUGUAUCGGGGUGAUUUUCGAGGUCCUUGACAGCCAUGCUCGGUCUGUCUUCUACAUCGGCCGUGUCAUCUGCGGGCUGGGUAUUGGUGGUUCUGCUACUGUCAUCCCGAUCUAUCUGACGGAGAUGAGUCCGACGUCGAUGCGUGCCCGCCUGGGCAGCUGCUACCAGUUCAGUUUCACCAUCGGGAUCCUGAUCUCGUACUGGAUCGACUACGGGAUGCAGUACGCGACGCCGACUGCAGCGCAAUGGCAAAUACCACUAGCAUUGCAGUUGAUUCCCGGCGCGCUGAUGGGUGCGGGCAUGCUCACUCUGCAUGAAAGCGUGCGCUGGCUGCUCUCGCACGAUCGCACGUCGGCGGCCUGGGACAGCCUGGCAUGGAUCCGCGCUUCGCGAGGAGCAGAGGUCAAGGCGGAGUUCCGGGCGAUGCAGUCCGCUAUUGAGCGCGACGCCCACGCUACGACGAACUUCUCUCCGCGCGAACUACUACAGCGGUCCAACGCCCAUCGGCUGGGUCUGGGAGUUUCGUUGUUUGUCUGUCAGCAGUCCACCGGGGCCACGGCCAUGGCGUACUUCGGGCCGCAGUUCUUCUCGCUGCUGGUCGGGGGCAGCAGUGACGCGUCCACGACCUCCGAGUCCACCGCGCGGCUCACGCUGCUGCUAACGGGCAUCUUCGGCUUCCUGAAAGUGGUGAGUUGCUUGGUGUUUGUGAUUUUCGUGGCCGACCGCUUCGGCCGCCGACCAUUGCUUGUGGCUGGUGCGCUGGCCAUGUCGGUGUGCAUGCUGGCCACGGCGGCUGUUCUGCGGGGCACUGCUUCGCCGGAUGCGGAGGCUGGCUCGCUCUCACCCGCUGCUGUUUUCACGGUUGCGCUCAUCUACCUCAGCAUCGUGGCGUACAAUCUCUCAUGGGGCCCGUUGCCGUGGCCGUGCAGCGCGGAGCUCUUCUCGUCGGCGCGCAUCCGCGAGCCCGGGGUGGCGAUGGGGGUGGCGGCGCAGUGGUUGUCGAACUUUGGGUGGUCGUUUGCGACGCCGUAUCUGCUGCAGGGACUGGGGUGGGGGACGUUCGCGUUGUUCGGGGUGCUGGAUGCGGGGUUCGCGGGGUUCGUGUAUGGGGUUUUGCCCGAGACGAGGGGGAUGCGGUUGGAGGAGAUUGAUUCUUUGUUCGACGGUGGCCGGUAGAUUGGUAGACCGGUAGACCCGGGGGUUGACCGGGGCAGGAGGGUGAACCCUAUAGGGCUGGAGGGGGGCAGCUGAGAGGUGUUGGUUACAUAAGGUACGGUAGUUUAGCUGCGAUCCCCAUUCUCUGUACAAGCACACUAGUAGAUCAUAUUCCGAAACCCAUGGAUACAUGCGAGAGGCAGUAGGGUAACAUCGUUCUAGCUGAGAUUUCUCUGCUCACUACAGCACACAGUGCUCUCAUG